UAACCGAAAUACAUUUUGUUCUAUUGCCAAGUUAGUAUUUUUUUUCUCCUUUAUCUCUGUAGACCUUGAUGAAUGUGAUCCAACUAAAGACCUCCAUCGUUGCGAUCAGACUUGUACAAAUACCGCUGGAAGUUAUAUCUGUUCGUGUAAGAAAGGUUUUGAGUUGAAAAAAGAUGGCUACGGGUGUGAAGAUAUCAACGAGUGUUUAGAUGAUGACACAUACGAAUGUCCGGAUAAAAACCAGAGGUGCGUCAACACCCGUGGCUCUUACAGGUGUGAAUGUGUUCAAGACACGUAUUACUUUGAUGGAAAAUGCCAAGGUUUGAAGAAAAACCAGCCACGUCCUAAGCUACUACUUCCUGAACCCCGUAACGCAUCAGAAUCCGAAAAGGAAGAAGCUGUUCAGUUCUCAAUUCCAAGUGGGAUUGAAUGGGACUAUGAUAGAGACAAGUCGUUUAAAACAGAAGUAGCGACAGUCGCAUCAGAUUUCUGCAAUAAGAACAGGACAAUGUGUGGACUUAAAGAUUCACGGCGGAAGAGACGUUCUUCUCAUAACGUCCUUUACGACUAUAAGAAAGUUCAUCUCCUGCCUGGUUAUCCCAAGAACUCAUCAGACCCUCUCCGGGUAGCAUUUUACGUACUGCAGCCUGCUUUUCUCUUCAUCGGAAAUUGCACAGCUCUUCCUCGUGACGCCUUGGUGGCCAUUAUGAAAGCUCACAAGCUCGACAUCGAGAAAGUCAUAGGAGCAAACAUCUCUGGUAUAGAAGCGUUAUUCAAACCCACCACAACUACAGAGUCACCAACAGGGGGACCAGCUGAGCCAGCAGACGAUAGUUGGAAAUGGAUUGUGAUUGGUGUAGUUAUUGGUGUGGUGGUCAUUAUCCUUAUUGGUUUGCUAAUAUUCUGCUUAAGAAAAAGAAAACGUGAUGUGAAACCCAUAACAGACCCGUCUCAGGAGGAUAUUGCUGUACAAGAAGGAGCGAAGAAAGAAAACAGCUUGGGGAUUGGUUCCCACUCGGCAUAAUUGGUAGUUCAUAACGCAAUCUCAAUUUGCCCUGGGUCGUUUACUUUGCGUGUUAUCACUAUAUCUCAGUGAAAGUGAAUAACAAGGGAAGGGAGGGAGGCCGUGUGUAAUACUGGAUUCCCAAUUUGGUGUCCACUAUGGGUUAGCAUAAGGAAGUCAUUCGAUUUGACUACUGUUUCAGAUAUUUUUACUCCAGGAUCUGACGAACUGUAGCUUUUUAAAACUUUCGUAAAUAGUUGGCGAUAAUGCUCUUAAGGCCAUACUGCAUUAAUUAGUUACCCAUUCUUGCCCAACCUUAAAAUGUCAGUUCUGAGAGAUGAACAAGCGUUCAACCAUCGUCCGGGGGAAUGGGAAGGAGAGUAGUGUGAGUGUGUGGUGUAGACUGAUUGCUUAGUUGGUAGAUUAACAAUGAACUGACUACAUUUUGUACGAUAACUUGAGGAAUCAAGAUCGUUCAUAAGCUCUUUUUUUCGCAGAGCUCAUAACAGUAACGAGUGCACCCAAAAAUAGCCCUUCACAUGAUAUGGAGAGGGGAGCGGAUGGGAAUUUUCACAUUUU